CCUAUAAAUUCUACCUGUCUGUAACCUUUUGCAGAUCAAGUAAUUCUUCAAACUUGUAGAGUUCUUUAACACGACUUCUUGCGAAAUAAGCUAUACAUUAAAAAAUGGUUGAAGGUGGUGAAAUUGAAACUUUCGCUUUUCAAGCAGAGAUAGCUCAGCUAAUGAGCUUGAUUAUUAACACGUUUUACUCUAACAAAGAAAUUUAUCUGCGAGAGUUGAUUUCUAAUGCUUCAGAUGCGUUAGACAAAAUCCGUUACUUAUCACUAACCGAUCCGACUGUUUUGGAUUCUGGAAGUGAAUUAAAGAUCGACAUUAUACCAAACAAGGAGGAAAAAACCAUCACUAUUUUUGACACCGGUAUUGGUAUGACAAAAGCAGAUCUUGUUAACAAUCUCGGCACUAUUGCUAAAUCAGGUACAAAAGCAUUUAUGGAAGCUCUUCAAGCUGGAGCAGAUAUAUCCAUGAUUAGACAGUUUGGUGUCGGGUUCUAUUCAGCAUAUCUUGUUGCUGAUAAAGUGGAAGUGAUAACAAAAAACAAUGAUGAUGAGCAAUAUAUAUGGGUUUCUUCUGCUGGUGGCUCAUUUACUGUACAAAGAGACACAGUCAAUGAACCACUUGGUAGAGGAACAAAAAUUAUACUGCACAUGAAAGAAGAUCAGCUAGAUUUUUCCGAAGAAAAAAAAGUAAAAGAUAUCAUUAAAAAACACAGUCAGUUUAUUGGAUAUCCAAUCAAUUUGAGAGUUCAGAAAACUAGAGACAAGGAGGUUUCUGAUGACGAAGCUGAAGAUGAAGAGAAAAAAGAUAAAUCUGAAGAAAAAAUGGAGGAUGAAGAUGAAGAUGAACCUAAAAUAGAAGAUGUUGGUGAUGAUGCAGAAGCUGAGAAAAAAGACAAAAAGAAAAAAAAGAAAAUAAAGGAAAACUAUACUGAAAUGGAACAACUCAACAAAACUAAACCGCUGUGGACUAGAAACCCAGAUGAUAUUAGCUCUGAAGAGUAUGCUGAUUUUUACAAAAGUUUGACUAAUGAUUGGGAAGAGCAUCUUGCAGUAAAGCACUUCUCUGUUGAAGGCCAACUUGAAUUCAGAGCAAUCUUAUUUGUUCCUAAAAGGGCUCCAUUUGACUUGUUUGAAAAUAAAAAACAAAAAAAUUCAAUUAAAUUAUUUGUCAGAAGAGUUUUUAUAAUGGAAAAUUGUGAGGAAGUGAUGCCUGAAUGGCUUAACUUUGUUAAAGGUGUGGUUGACUCUGAGGAUUUGCCUCUUAAUAUUUCCAGAGAAAUGUUGCAACAGAGUAAAAUAUUAAAAGUCAUUCGUAAGAACCUUGUAAAAAAAUGCUUAGAACUUUUUGUUGAGAUUUCAGAGGAUAAAGAUAAUUAUAAAAAGUUUUAUGAACAAUUUAGUAAAAACAUUAAGCUAGGUAUACAUGAGGACUCGCAAAAUCGUUCUAAAGUUGCUGAUUUAUUGAGAUAUCAUUCUUCAGCAUCUGGUGAUGAUAUGACAUCCCUAAAAGACUAUGUUUCUCGUAUGAAAGAGAAUCAAAAAGACAUUUACUAUAUAACUGGAGAAAGCAAGGAAAUUGUUUCAACUUCUGCUUUUGUUGAGAAAGUUAAAAAGAAAGGUUUUGAAGUUCUAUAUCUUAUUGACCCAAUAGAUGAGUAUGCUGUUCAACAACUUAAAGAAUAUGAUGGUAAAAAAUUAGUUUGUGUUACUAAAGAGGGAUUAGAAUUGCCAGUUAGUGAUGAUGAGAAGAAAAAACAAGAAGAGUUAAAAGCUAGUUUUGAGGAGCUAUGCAAGGUUAUAAAAGAUAUAUUAGAUAAACGUGUUGAAAAAGUCACUGUCUCUAAUCGCUUGGUUGAUUCACCAUGUUGCAUUGUUACUAGUACUUAUGGAUGGUCAGCAAAUAUGGAAAGAAUUAUGAAAGCGCAAGCUCUUCGUGACACAAGUACAAUGGGUUACAUGGCAGCUAAAAAGCAUCUUGAAAUAAAUCCAGAGCAUAGUAUAAUGGUUGCCCUUAAAAAGAAAGUUGAUGCAGAUAAAAAUGAUAAAUCAAUAAAAGACUUGAUUGUUUUGUUAUAUGAAACAUCACUUCUGUCGUCAGGUUUUUCGCUUGAGGAUCCUCAAAAUCAUGCUGCUCGCAUUCAUCGUAUGGUCAAACUUGGUCUAGGUGUCGAUGAAGAUGAAAGUGCCGUAGAGGAAAUGGCAACAGACGAUGUGCCACCUCUCGAAGGUGAUUCGGAAAAAGACGAAGAUAAAGCUAGAAUGGAAGAGGUCGACUAAAACGCUAUGUUCUGCAAAAUGUAAUUUCAACGUGUGGUGUAUCCAAAUGGUCCCCUAUUUUUUGUACAGUUUUUAGUUAACCCGUAGGUGAGAUUCAAUUUAUUGGUUUCACGUGUAAAUAAAUCACUAAAAUAGAAUUUUUAAUUAGAAGACCUAUAAACCAAUAAAUCAACCUGUAUCUAAAUUGUAUCUAAUUGUAAUCUUGUAUCUAUAUUGUAAUGUAAAAAUCUAAAACGAAAGAUAUUUUUAUAAACUAA